UUUGCAUCCGUCCAACCAAGUUACAUGCAUAUGUAUGUAUGUACAUAUUUACGUAUGUAGAAGCGGCGCUGCAAACAGAUCCGAAUAAUGAAGAACUUUUGAAACUGAAAAGCGAUCUAGAGGAGGUCAUUACAUUAACACGUGAUUUGAUCAAAACACAUUUAGAAGAGCAGCAAAAGUCCUCCUAUGUAGAGCCUUCAUCAUCUAAAACAGCGACCUCAAACUAUUUCGAUGAAAUUGAAGCUGCUCUUUUGGAGGCUGAAAAAUUAGUCUCCGCUGCUAAAGUAUGGAAGAUUGGUGACAAAUGCCAAGCUAAAUGGAAGGAAGAUCGACAAUACUACGAUGCAACUAUAGAAGGUAUAACUAAAGAAGGCGAAGCAAGUGUGAUAUUUGAUGCCUAUCAGAAUCGUUGCACAACUACUGUGAACGAAUUGCGUGAACGUACUACCCGUAACGAAGUAUUCCCAUCAAACAAACGUCACAGGCCAAAUCAAAAAGAAUAUUUAAAAAAACGAAAACAAAAGAAACAACAGCGCUUUAAAGACUUGGAAGAAGAGCGUGAGUCUGAUAAAAAUAAAUGGAUUCACUUUACCACUAAAAAUCAAAAAAAGCCAGGAAUGAAAGUUAAGAGCAUAUUUGCAUCACCUGAUAAUGUAAGUGGUAGAGUUGGAAUAGGUACAUGUGGAACGGCAGGAAAAGGAAUGACUGAUUUUACUGUUGGAGAAAAAUACCGUAAGGGUCUUUGAGUAGUACAAAAUUUGAGAUAAAUUAGAGUAAAUACCGUAUAUUGAUUAUAAUACAUUUUCAUUUCGGUGUCAUACGAAACUACUCAAUAUAUGUUUUAAGACCAUCUUUCUUGCGUUUAUAAUUUGACAAAUAUUGUUUUGCUUUCCAAUAUUAUUAGUAUAAGCUGUUUAUAUUAAAAUUAAAUUAAGUUAUAAAUUUAAACCAUAGUAGCACAUGCAAGCG